AUGGCAUCCUGUCUUCAUACCUUACUUCGUAGUGCUAAUCGCAUGGGAAUCCAAAUCGCUGAAGGAUAUAUUGGAAAGAUGUCCAUCAGUAUUUUACAAGGCCUGGACUAUCUGAAAGACAGUCUUAAUGUUAUUCAUCGUGACGUUAAACCGUCAAAUAUUUUAUUGGAUUGGAACGGUACGGUAAAAUUGUGCGAUUUUGGAAUUAGUGGGCAGUUGAUUGAAUCUCGUGCUCAUACUGUUCAGGCCGGAUGCCCUCCUUAUAUGGCUCCAGAACGUUUUGAUCCACAAGCGAGUUUUGCUGGUUUCAUAUACAAUGCGGAUUACGAUAUCCGAAGCGAUGUGUGGUCGGUAGGAAUUUCUUUAGUAGAGUUGGCUACAGGGAAAUAUCCGUAUUCACAUAUCGAGUCUGAAUUUGCAAUACUUGCCGCUAUUGUGCGGGAUCCCUCUCCUACUCUUCCUCUUAACAUGAAUUUCUCUCCACAAUUUCGAGACUUCAUCUCGCAGUGUCUUCAGAAAAACUUCGAACUUCGACCUAAGUAUAAGGCUCUCCUGAAUCAUGCCUUCAUUCGCAAUAGCAAGCACGAUCAAAACCAUGACCUUGCUGUGCUUGUACAGGAAGUGUUGCGAGCGUAG